UUUAAUGACUGAAACAUUCGGCUCUCUCUCUCCUUAUAAAAAGAGAGCCUCUUAACCCCCAAAUUAAACCCCAUCCAUCAUCGGACCAAAAACAAAGCUCCGUGAUUCCAUAAUUACCAAAAACCCAAUGUCUGGUUUCACGAAGAUGAAGAGAGUUACAGAUCCGUUAGAUGCUGAGGCCAGAGCUCGGAUCGUCGGCCGGGGAUCGGAUUACUUCAGCAGCGGCGGCGGUGGCAAUUGCAGCCCCCAAUCGGACGAUGACGACGCCUUCUCGAGCCUCUCGGAGCUCUUCUUAGGGUUAAAUGCUGACGACGACAGCGGCGGCGGUUCAUCCCCCGACGAUUGCGAGGGCGGCGAUACGACGUCGUCGAUGCACGAAUUUGGUGGCGGCAGCGCGUGUGGUGCUGCGGAGUGUUUGAUUAAGUCGGUUGUACUAGAUCUGAGAGAUGCGUAUAAGAAGGCGCUCAUGGCUCACGUUUGGAAGGCGGUGCAGGUUUUCUCGUGCGCGAGAUCGAGUAGGGAGAUUGUGCGCCGGAAUGUGAUGGCGUACCUGCGGAACUGCGGCUACAAUGCGGCGAUUUGCAGCACCAAGUGGGAGGGUUCCGGCGGACUUUCCGCCGGAAACUACGAGUUCAUCGACGUUCUCCGGGCGGAGAAUAAUUCCGCGAGGUACUUUAUAGACCUGGAUUUCGCGGCGGAGUUCGAGAUCGCGAGGCCGACGGAACCCUACGAACGCCUGAUGCAGCACAUGCCUAGGGUUUUCGUCGGCACCGGCGAGGAUUUGAAGCAAAUAUCGAAGGCGGUGAGCGACGCCGCGAGGCGGUCGCUGAAGAGCAGAGGCCUCCACCUGCCGCCGUGGAGGAAGAACCGCUUCAUGCAGAACAAGUGGCUCGGUCCGUUCCGCCGCACGACGCACGUGUUUCCGGCGACGUUUGCAUCCGCGCAGCCGGUGAAUCGGAGUUACGGCGUCAAGUGCCGCGCCGUUGGUUUCGACGCCGCCGUUAACGGCGGGCGUUUACUACUAUCGACCACCCGUACGAGAUGAUUAUUAGGAUUGGGAUAUUAAAAUUUUAAAUAAUAAUUAAUUAAUAAUCCUGUGUCAAUUAAUUAAUUAUUAAAAAAAUUAGAGAAUUUUGUGCCUGGUGUAAAUUUUGGAAUUAAUUUUGAAUUUCUGAAUAUUAAUUAUACAAAUAAGUAAAGUGUAACGCGGCAAAUCCACGUUGUACACAUGGCGGCGCAGAUUAUCUAUGAUUUCACGUGCAGACAUAUAAUCCAGAAAAGAUUUUGUGCCUCUCUGCAAAUAAUAUUAUAUUCCAUUGCUCUGGCUCAAAUUUAUAUUCCAAAUUAUAUUUAUU